AUGACUCGUCACUUGGUCAAUGAAGACGCGACUUGUGUUAGCCAAGCAGACGUGAUGGAUCACCCAGUCGGCUUGCCACCGAAUACAAUGGCGCCUCCUGCUACGAAACGCGCUGUUUCUAGCACCGAGGCCAACCCUAACCAGCAAGUUCCCUCGUCCUUUGGGCCUUCCAGCUAUUACCCCCAAGAGCAUCGACGCAAUGUCGGAUAUCUAAACUCUAUGGUCAAUGACAGCGAAUGGCAAAAACCCGCGUUGCUCUCCGAACACGAAGAAACCUCCUCGCUGUCGUCGUCCUUUGGCUUGCCUGACCCCUCCUCUGAGGAUCAAUUUUCGGGUCACCACUUCUAUUCUCAGCUCAAUACCCAGCUCAUCCAGGCUCAAAACAAAGAUGGGCUGCUGCAGGAAUAUCAGCGUCAGUCUAUGGUUGCAGACAGCAACAAUGCCCCUCUCAUGCCGGACUACACGGCGUCAGGAUAUGACCUCUGGAUCCAAGACUUUGGCUUCCCAUCCAUGACCGAGUCCCACGGCACCUCUUUCGCCCAGAGCUACAACGCAAACACCUGGAACAAUACACGCCGUGCCCCAGCUGGGGCCCAGCCCGUCUUCCAGCCUGGAGUCGACUACCCAGCUCCUACAGUCACCCAGCAACUGACCUCUAGCCAACGCCCUCUGCCCCUUCAGCGGGGUCUCACAGCACCUACAUUCAAUGGUCAGACCUCCAUCGGGCCAGCGAGACACUUUCCACGAGACAACACCGCCGCACCAGUCUCCGAGGAAACCUCCAGCCAAUCGAUGCCCUCCGCUCCUUCGAGCUCCUCAUCCCCAACCUUGCAGCAGGACGAGACGCCAAGCAUCCCCUCAGACAUCCACUCCAGCGACAAGCGGGACGCCUUCCUGAUCCACUGCAAGCGCCGCGGGCUCUCCUACAAAGACAUCAAGCGCCUCGGCGGCUUCAAGGAAGCAGAGUCCACGCUACGAGGACGCUACCGCACGCUGACGAAGGCAAAGGAGGACCGCGUCCGCAAGCCCAAGUGGCUGGAGCAAGAUGCUGUUCCCCUUUGCACGUCCAACCCCUCCGACCACUCUACUCAGCCGAAGGUUUCCUGGAAGGGGGUUUCCCAAUACAUUGCGGAAAAAGGGGGGUCGUACCAGUUUGGUAAUGCUACCUGCAAGAAGAAGUGGUGCGAGAUCAAUAAGAUCAAGGGCUGA